AGAAUCAACGCGCUAAGUACUCUUAUCUGUAAAGUGAUACAACACUCUUGUCAUAACCAUGUCGAAAGUAAAGAACUUAUUGGCCAAAAUGCUGCAGCGAUUUGGUAAGCACAGCUCACAUGCCGACAGUCAGCGGUACGAUAGCCUGGAGGAGAUUGCCCAGAACCAGGCAAACGAGAGGAUGUUGAGGGCAACUCAAGUGGGAUUGGAGGAGCACCUAGUCAUCUGCUUGGAGACGGAAGCGGGCAGCUUCUACUGGCACUCGCAGUAGCAGCAGACGGAGGAGCAGCAGCAACACCACCUGCACGACCAAUCUGAAAGGAAUCAUUGCUGAGAACCAAAACAUCCGAUUUCGAAAUUGCUAUCAUGUCAACAACCGCAAUUAUAGUAAAUAGUGGAGCAAAACCACCUGAGGAACGCUAUCAUCAAUAACUACUAUUAUUGGUAGGAUCUUCAACGUCGAUAACUAUACAGCAAUACAAUAAGGAAUACUUCGGUUGAAACACCCAACUGCAAUUAUAAUUGCAAUGUCAACCAGUCACACCUCAAGUAGCUAAAAAGCCAAUUGCAACAUGAGUAAUGACUAACCACGAAGCAACCGCAAAAAAUUGCCAAUAAAAUCUUCAAUACCUUGUCAAAAAGCGAGAAUAUUAACACCCGAAACAGUAGCAGCCACAUGAACUAUAACAAUUGCAGCAAUGUCAACAGUGGCAACAUCUCAAGAAAUCAAAGCAUCGAUGACAACAACAGCAGGCACCACAACAAUCUCAACAUCAUCCCAAGCCACAGCACCAUGGGCCAAAAACCGGUAGUUAGAUGCGACCAAAGCGACUGAAUGGAUGGAUGAAUGAAUAAUACAAGACAUAUCAUUCGAUGAAUGAAUGGAGCUGACGACGAUCGAUCGUGCGAAUCGAAUUGCGUGCCAGCAACAAGUAUCCAACUAGUCCGAAGGAUGCCACUCAGACAUCCACUCCAGUUGGAGACCCUCGAUGGUUGCCAAUGAUCAGUAAUAAAUACAUUUGUGAUAUCAACUCCAGCUAGUUAGUGUAGUAUAAACGUUAUUAGCUUAUAAGAAAAUAAAUUAAAAAGAAAAUCCACUAAAA